AUGCGACUUGUCAAACCCAAUGCUACCGACGAUGAAAUUAACGCCGCGGUGAACGAUACAUCCAAUGGUCAAGUGUUUCAACAAGCAGAACUGGUUCGGAUCAACGAGACCAUUACCGAGUUGGCACAACUGAUGGCAGACAUGGCCCUUUACGUGGAACAGCAAGGAAAUGUCAUUGAUACGAUAGAAAAGACUACAGAAGUUGUUAUGAAAGACACUGAAAAAGCGUACGGACACCCUCUGCUCCCCGUUUAG